CUUAAAACUAGUUCCUAAACCUAACCGUCUACUGUAAGUCACAAUCCUAAUUCCUUUCACUGGCUUAUGACUCUCAUUCAACCCUAGUAAGUAGGUAGGCAUUCCCAAGGCCAUCAAAGCGUCGCUCAAAGGCGCAGAAAAGUAAUCAUUGGCAUUUUUUGAUUACGGAAUUUUCGUUACGGUCUAAUAGUAUCAGGUGUUUCAUUGAAGUGACGAAGAACUAAUUGUAUGUGUUUUUGAACCAUAUUAAAAAAUUUUAACUUUACAAACUACUAAAUUGGAAGCGUAAUUAGUUUGUUGAAUUCCAGAUAAAUACUUACCAUCAGACUAAUCAGUAAGAACUCUGACGAAAUAACUUACUGUAAACAUCAAAACAGUUUCACUAUUUCUUAUUUUAAUGAAUCCGCCAGCAUAACGCCUUGUUUGGUGAUAAACUGUUUUCAAAUAGGAAUUUUAAAUUUGGCCCCUUCCCAGUUAUAGAUAUUUGUAAGCAAGUACAGCUUCAUUUUACGUUAAACUUUUCCUUUAUCUCUUUGCUGUUUUGCAGCAGCAAAAAAUGUCGAAAUCCAUACCGGAUUUGCAAGAUUCUCUAGUAAAUGAUAAGGAAAGUACAAAUAAUAUUGUUGCUGUAAAAAUGGAGAAAACUAUUGGUCUUGUAAGCAGCAUCACAAUUAUUAUCGGUUCAAUCAUUGGUUCGGGUAUAUUUGUUAGUCCAACUGGUAUAUUAGAAAAUAUGCAGAGUUUUGGUGCUAGCUUAAUUAUUUGGAUUGGGUGUGGAAUUUUUUCUUUAUUGGGGGCCUAUUGCUAUGCUGAGCUAGACACAAUGAUUCAACGCUCAGGUGGAGAUUAUGCAUAUGUGCUUGAAGCGUUUGGUUCAUUUAUGGGAUUUUUACGUCUGUGGAUUGAAGUGAUGGUAGCCAGACCAGCUACAAUGACUGUCAUUGCUAUGACAUUUGCUAAAUACAUUUAA